CUGACUCCCAUACAUAUGGAGGCCCAGACCCUGCAGUGCUAUAAAUUAUGGAGAAUAACCUCAAUGAAUGUAAAGAUUAAUUAUAAAUACACAGAUAUAAAUAGAUCAGACCCAACAGCAUCAUAAUUUAUAGAAGUCUACCUAUCUAAUGUAAAUAUUACCACUCAGGAUUAUGAAUUAUGGAGAUUAACCUGGUUAGUUAUGAUCCGACUAAAUAUACAGGAAACAUUAAAGAAGGGGGAGAAGGAGAAGGAGGAAGAGAAGAAGAAGAUGAGAAGGAGGAGAAGAAAGACGAGGACAAGAAGGACAAGUUUGAGCAGAAGGAGAAGAAGGAGAGGGAGGAGAAGAAAGAGAACAAUAUGAAGGAGGAGAACAAGAAGAAGGAGAAGAAGGACAAGGUCAAGAAGAAGGAGGAGGAGGAGAAGGAGGACAAGGAGAAGUUUACCUAUCUAAUGUAAAUAUUACCGCUCAGGAUUAUGAAUUAUGGAGAUUAACCUGGUUAGUUAUGAUCCUACUAAAUAUACGGGAAACAUUAAAGAAGGGGGAGAAGGAGAAGGAGG